GGAGGGAGCAUCCGGACAGGGGAACCCUGCAGCAGCCAGUCCUGCUCCGGCCGGGCUUCUCGCCCCUUGCACGGUGAAGUUCAUAAGCUUCUAAAAUGUCAUCAGUCAAACACCUAGUAUAUGCCGUCAUCCAUUUCUUGAGAGAACAGAGUCAGCUGGAUACUUUCACUUCAGAUGAACAAGAAAGCUUAGAAGUUGCAAUUCAGUGUUUGGAGACUGUUUUUAAGAUUAGCCUAGAAGAUACGCAUCUUGCAGUGCCACAGCAGUUGACAGAAAUGUUCUCAAAUUCUUUUCACAAGAAUGACAUGUUGCCUCUCUCCGAUUCAUUGCCAGAAGAUAUUGAAAAGGCUGACCAGCUGAAGGAUGAAGGUAAUAAUCACAUGAAAGAAGAAAAUUAUGUUGCUGCAGUGGAUUGUUAUACUCAUGCUAUAGAGCUGGAUCCAAACAAUGCAGUAUAUUAUUGUAACAGGGCUGCUGCUCAAAGCAAGCUCAGCAACUACAAUGAAGCAAUAAAAGACUGUGAGAGAGCGAUAGCAAUAGAUCCAAAAUACAGCAAAGCAUAUGGGAGAAUGGGGUUGGCCCUGACCUCUAUGAACAAAUACCAAGAAGCAAUUACCAGUUACCAAAAAGCACUGGUUCUUGAUCCAGAAAAUGACUCUUACAAGUCAAAUAUGAAAAUAGCUGAACAGAAACUAAGAGACCUCUCCAGUCCUACUGGAACAGGACUGAGUUUUGACAUGGCAAGCUUGAUAAACAACCCAGCGUUCAUUAGUAUGGCAGCAAGUUUAAUGCAGAAUCCUCAAGUUCAACAACUAAUGUCGGGGAUGAUGUCCAAUGCCAUUGGUGGCCCUGCUGCAGGUGUUGGUGGCCUAACUGAUCUGUCAAGCCUCAUACAUGCGGGACAGCAGUUUGCACAACAGAUACAGCAGCAGAAUCCAGAGCUCAUAGAACAACUGAGAAAUCAUGUCCGGAGCAGAUCUUUCAGUGGCAGCACUGAAGAGCAUUCCUGAUUUAAAGGAGGCAUGUGGUUGUAGAACUAGAAAUGUGAAUGGUAUAUAAUCCCAAAAUGCACACAGUAGCUAGUAGCAAAUGCAUCAUUGUAACUACUCUGCCUGGACAUGAAACAGAAAAUCCUUUGUGUCUGUUUGUUAAACAAGAAUAAAUCUGUUAAACAGAUCUGUUGCACACAAGUUUGAACAAAUCAUGUAUAUAUAGUGAAUCCUUUAUAAAUUUAUAUAUAUUAAAUACAUUGACUUAUUAAAUUCCCAUAUAUAAAAAUGAUCAUGUUUAGGCUUUUCAAAUUAAUGAACACUAUCUAUUAAUGGAUGUUAAAACUUGCCAUCUCUUUUAAAGAGAGACUACUUACUAUGCACCAAGGCUGUGCAUUGGAGCGAUCUACAGGGCUGCUGCGGGGGGAAGUGAGUCUAAUGCUUUAAUGGGUGCUGGUAUGCCUGCAUAGAAAUUUAGUUUUAAAAAUUACAUUGUAAAAGGCCUAUUGUUCAGUAGCGAAGGUUUGCAUGGCUCUGCUUCUUACCAGAUCAGCUAUGAAACAAUAGAUCUGACCAGCACUCUGCUUCUUGUGAUGAGCCUAUGGGGGUGAUGGAGUGCAAUGUGAAUUUAAAACAUGUGCUGGAGGGUCAGUCCUUUGACUUUGUAGCACUGAGUCCCUGGCCUAGGGUUUGUUGAGAGGCUUUUGCUAUCAGCAUCACAUGCCUUUCAACUUUACCUGCUGGGAAGAAGGUGGGUAGUAGAGCCUAGGGAUGAUUAAGAGUUGCAUGUACAGAGAGGAUAAUAAAACUGUGCUAGGAGGAAGAUGUGCAGCAAUCAGAGGAAGAGACCAGUCCAAGGGAGAAGGAAAGAGGAAUUUCUACUGCUAUAUAUGUCCCAAAAUCAUUUUAGUAGCCCUGGAGAUCUCCAUUAUGGCACUAAUAGCAUAGGCAUGAAAAGUUGUGCUUCAUUCUUGUGUGUAUACAGUAUACAACAUGAGUUUAAGAAUUCUUAACUGUGAUUAAACUGGUCACACACCUGCACAAGUCAUUAGCACUGAAAACUUAGGUAAUUCGAACAAAUAAAUCAACAUGUACCACAGUGUGGUAAAUCACUGGCUUAGGGGAAAAAAACACAGUUAAGGAUUUUUGAAGUUUAAUUAUAUAACUUGUAUAUUUUAAAUAAGUGAUUAAUGGUGAAAGGGCCAUGAAAUAGUUCUUCCAGUCUGUGUUCCUCUUCCCAGCUCUCCUAACCUGACACUUUCAGACCUCCUUGCUUUUCUGUAUUUUUUCUUUUUUAAUAUUUUUGUAACCUGUUUCCCUGGUUUGCUGUUCAUGCCAUCUACUGCUGCUGGAUACACUUAGGCUUGGUCUAUUCCAGUGUUUCUCAACGACUGGUCCAUGAACCUGCGCCAGUCCCUGAGAUCUCCCUGCCACAGUUUAGGAAGGCAGCAAGCUGGUCCCUGGUAUCAAAGAGGUUGUGAAACACUGGUCUAUACUACUAACUUUUGUCAGUAUAACUACGUCAUUCAGGGCUGUGGAAAAUCCAUACUCCUGAGCAAUGCACUUAUACUGACCUAACCUCUGGGGUAGACAGCACUAGAUUUACAUAGCUACCGCUUCUCAGGAAGGUGGAGUGCCUGUGCUGAGAGGGGAAGCUCUCUCACACAUGUAGUGUCUUCGCUAAGUGCUAGAGAGAAGACAUUGUGCAGAAUGUAAACGAGAGCAGAAUUUAGAACUAAUGCAUAAGCUCCUUUCUGAAUUUGGUGAUGGGAGGGUAAAAAUUCCCAAUUUUGUCAGACUGUAUAUAUUGCACGGGGGGACAUUUGCAGACAUGAAAAUCAGACUAACAUCCAUUGCAUAAGACUUUAUAUUUUAUUCAUUAAAUAACUUACAUAGCAUUAGAUUUUUAGCUUUAUUUUUUCUAAAAAGACUGCUAUUUAUAAUUGCACUGCAUGCUCAUUAAUGUACUCUGGGGUGCAUUGGAGACAUUAGGCAAACACCCCUAAGCUCUAAAUUGAAUCAGUGCUAUUCUGUUUUAUUGGCUGACCACAUGGAAAGAAGUG